AUGCAGGGUUCCGGUUUGUGCCGAGAGCCAAUUUUGACUUGCCCCAGAGCUGCGGCCGCGUAUGAUACUCCUGGAGCUAGGCUGCUUGAGACGAUGCCGUUGAGAAGAGUGGCCCCAAGCACCAUCAGCUACAACAUUGCCAUCAGUGCCUGCGAACAUGCAGCCAAUGGUGGAUUGGCCCUGGACAUAUUGCGGCGCCUCAGCAGCACCAAGCUACGUCCUACCACCGUGUCCGUGAACUCUGCCAUCAGCGCCCUCCAGAAAGGCUCACAGUGGCAGCUGGCGCUUGACACACUGUGGUCGAUGCCCAAGCGGAAGCUCCGUGCGGAUGGGGUGAGCUUCAACGCCGCCAUGGCCGCCUGCGUGACGGUCGGACAGUGGCGGCUCUGCCUACACUUGCUGCGGAGAAUGCUGGACUCGGAGCUCCGCACCGACCAGGUGAGCUACAGCACUGCGAUGAGUGCAUGCAGAGAGGUGGGAAAGUGGCCGAUCGUUCUGGAUCUUCUCCAUGCCAUGGAAGCAGCCAGGUUGCCUCCGGACACCGUGGCUUGCAAUGUGGCGAUUGCUGCUGUGGCGCGUGAGGGCCGAUGGAUACGUGCCAAGAACCUCCUGGCCACCUUGGAGGAUUCUGGAGUUCGCAUGGACGUCGCGAGCUUUAACGCCAUCGCCAGCGGAUGUGCAAGCUGGAAAGCUUGCCUGGUGCUCAUGGAGGAGAUGCGCCGUCGUAACAUCCUACCCAAUGAGAUCACCUUCACCACAGUGUUGUCGUGCCAAGAGCGAGCCGGCAGCUGGGAAGGCGCUUUGGCGACUGUUGCGGAUAUGCGGAAGCAGGGCAUCUCUUGUGCAGAUGCGGAGGACUUGGCCAUUAUGGCGCUUGCAGAGGCUGACCAGCUGCAGCUGGCGGUGGCCCUAUGUCCUCGUCCGACCCAAGGUCCCGGCACCACGGCCUUGCUGAUGGCCUGUGAGCAACACGGUCACGAUCAGGAGGAGCGCUGUGUGCUGUCGGGGCUUGCCGACGCACUCCCAGAAGAAGUGGCCGUCUUGCUGCGCAAGACCAGCGCAGGGCUGCUUGGCUCAGCGCAGCCGAGCAUUCCCACCAUGGCAAUCACUCGAGCGUCAUCGUCGUAUCGAAAGGCUCUGCGGCCUUUUUGUGAGCUCGGUGGCGUGCAGGUAUUGUAA